AAAAACUAAAACUAAACACGAUCGUUAUGGUUAAAUGUUUGGCACGAAUCUUGCCCACGAAUUUCCUUCAAGAUCCGGUUGGGUUUCCGUAUUUCCUCAUGUAAACCUGGGUCUUUUCAUUUCAAGUUGAGCUUCUUUUCUUUUGGACCUGUUUUGCUUGUUUCCAGCGAUUGUAUUGUUCACAGCACAACUUCCCUACAUUUUCUUCGCCCACUUAGUGAUCGUGGUGCUGCUAUACAGGCGUUGGCUCUGAAAAUCACACAUCUGUCUUCAACAUGUCUGGACCAGGCUACCCAUCUCCAAACCAGCCUCCGUAUCCCAUGCCCCAGCCAGGCGGACACUCCAUGCCCCCCUAUCCCGUGGGAGGUUAUGGAGAUCCAGGAUAUGUGGCCCCACCUGCAGGGUUUCAAGUAGGGUACCAGCCAGUUCCAGAUCAGCCAGUUAUGUAUCAGCCUGGUCCAGUGGGUCCAGUUAGUCCAGCAUCGCACCAGGGCCAGCCGUAUGGAGCACCUGUAGCUGCACCAGUGACAGUGCCUGCUGGAGUACCACCUGGUCUGGAGUACCUCACUCAGAUUGACCAGAUCCUUAUUCAUCAGAAAGUGGAGUUGUUAGAGGCAUUCAUUGGCUUUGAGACCAACAACCAGUAUGAGAUCAAGAACAGCCUCGGUCAAAAGAUCUUCUCUGCCAAAGAAAAAAAUGACUGCUGCACACGCAACUGCUGUGGUGCCCUGCGCAGCUUUGACAUGAAGAUCAAAGACAACACUGACCGAGAGGUCAUACGACUCAUCCGACCUUACCGUUGUGUCUCCUGUUGGUGCCCCUGCUGCCUGCAAGAGAUGGAGGUACAGGCCCCCCCUGGAACGACCAUAGGGUAUGUGAAGCAGGACUGGAACCCCUGUUAUCCAAGAUUCUCCAUCCAGGGGCCCAACAAGGAGACUAUGAUGAAGCUCGAGGGACCCUGCUUGGCAUGCAACUGCUGUGGUGAUGUGAACUUCGAGCUCAAAGGCAAAGACGGUAGUGGGAAGCCUAUCGGUCGAAUCAGUAAGCAGUGGAGCGGCCUGUUAAAGGAAGUCUUCACUGACACUGACAACUUUGGCAUUCAGUUCCCUCUGGACAUGGAUGUUAAGAUGAAGGCUGUACUUUUGGGGACUUGCUUCCUUAUUGAUUUCAUGUUCUUUGAAAAAGUUGGAGACACAAACCAGCGCAAUACUGUGUUCUCUUAGAGCUCCUGAAAAGUUACUUAUAAAGGAACAUAUUUUCAACUAACUCUCAUCACUUCGCAAACAUUUAAGGUAUUUUUUAAACUGAUGAAAUUCCCACAGUCUGUGGAUGAACUCUAAGUCUGGACUUCCUUUAUUUCCUGUGUUUUCUUAAGUAACCAAACCUUAUAGAAAGCUGCCACUGCAGUGAACCCGAAGGACAUGUUCAUGGUCAUUUUAUA